GGAAAGAGGCCCUACGAAGGGCCGCGGCCGGUCCACCACAAGCUCCGCUAGCCAUGUUUAGGAUUUGGCAAGAGAAGGAGGCCGAGCCGGACGUGAGGGUAGAAGAGAUUGGGGAGAAUGAGGAGGUGGAGCAAGUCARGAAAGCUGGGAUUAUCAAGGAGGAGCCUAUCAUAAUAGACUCAGACGAUGAGGAAAGUCYGRCAGURGAAGGAGGAUGGUGGAGUGAGGCCCGRAGAACGAUGGAKAAUAUGGAGGAYUUGUUGKRCAAGGUCCGGCGAUACCAGGGAAAGCUGGUAGAGUUAUGCGAGGAAGUUAAGGCGUGGCAAGGGCAAAGGCCACAAGUCUUUCUGUAUGGGUCAGGAUCGCAGGGGGCGCCCGCGAAUAUACCGAAUGUGUCUGUCACAGGAGGGACUCCCAGAUCAGGGAUAAGCUUUAGGCCGCCAUCACGAUCUGGGAGGGCAGCCCAGGCAGUCAGAACGAGAGCCAAGGGACCAGUGGGGUCAGAGCAACCUGCCAAGGACGCUCCCGGACCAAGCGGAGAGAAGGAAGUUGUGGAACUCCCUGGGAAUGAGGAUGAGGAAGACGACCGCCUAAGGAACGAAGAGGACGAAAAGGUGGAGCAAAGAGCUAAGAAGAGGGGCGUCAGGACUGACACAGAGAAGGUCACCGAACCAAAGAAGAAGAAGUAUACGGUCAAGGUGGAAGAAGGGUUUGACGUGGAGGAGAACCGAAUUCUAGAAGGUCAUAAUCACCUCAUGAACCUGAAGGACGUCUUGGCAUCAGCACCAAGACUUAGAGAUGAGCUCAAGGCUCGUCUAAGCAGGAAAAUGGUGGCGAGUGUACUCUUAGGGGCCAUAAUCCGUAAGGAGGCUGAGUGGGCGGAAACCGGCACAAAAAUGGACUGGAAGUCCAUGGCGUGCAGGUGUUUUGACGUUGUUAUGAAGGGAAAGUCGUGCACGGCCAUGAUAGAUACAGGCGCAGAAAUGAACCUUAUUAAGGAGGAAGAUGCAUUGCGCCUGGGAAUGGAGAUGGACCGCUCCGACAAUGGCAUCUUGGUGGGAGCGAAUAGUCGGUCCAUCUUUGUGGGGACCGCGUCCAAAGUAGUACUGGAGAUCGGGAAGGUGAAGGACAAGUACAGGUGGGAUCAGAUGCUCAGGGUAAGGAAGGAACCUCUCAAGGUCGGUGACACUGUGCUGUUAUAUGAUUCAUCCCUGGAGAAGCAGUGGUCACGAAAGUUGGACAAGCGGUGGUUGGGACCCUACAAGGUCGCAAGAGUAAGAGAGUAUGGCGCAUACCAGAUUGAAGAGCUGAAUGGGACCGCUUGGAGGGACUGGGUGUCUUGCUCAAGGUUGAAGAAGUUUGUCGCUCGAGAUGAGUUUGAGAAGCAUGCCAAUGAGUUCAGGUGGGAUGGAGCCAAGAUGCUGAGGGAAGUGCGAGGAGAGGGCGAGUGGGCUGAGCCCAUUGCCAAGUAUGUGCGAGAGUCAGCAACCUGGACAGAGUUUGAGAGGAAGAUGGAAGGGAUACAUCCAUCACCUGUGGGAAGAGAUGGAGUGCCGAUCCGGUUCGAUGGGACGAACCUGGAGGAGUUCCUGUGGGCGUACGACAGAUUUGCAGACGAGCAGAACGUUGAGCCUAAGUCGAGAGUGAGGGGGGGUUUCCAGUUUGUGAGGAGGUAUAUCAGGCUGUUCGUCAGGAGUGUGGUGGAAAGAGCAUUACACUGGGGAGACUGCAAGCGGUUAUUGAGGAGUCACUAUACUGCAGCACGCGAGGCAGAGGAGAGGAAGAGCAUGGAGAAGAAAAGGAAGGAGCCUGAGGCUGAGGGCAAGAGGACCUUUGAGAGGGGUGCACCGUCCAGGUCUCAGGAGGGUGAGAAGAGGAGAGAGCACGCUUCCCACAAGGCAGAGAGGAAGGAGGAACAGCCAUCUGAGAGGGCACAAAGGAGGAGAUGGUCAGAGGUGCCAGAGGCUCCUCCCCAGCCAGUUCAGAGGCAGGGGGAUCAGCCCAUGGCAGAGGCAGGGCCAGAGGGACGUGGGUCGCCAAGGCAAGAGGUGGAUGAGGAUCAGGCUGCCAGAGAAAAGGAAUUGGAGAGACAAGAAAGGGCCGCCAGAGACCGAGAGAUUGGCGCAGAGAUCAGGAGGAAGAACCUCGAGGAACUGUACAAGAGGAUGGAACAAGAAGAGCGGCCAGUGGUUGUGAAGGACAAGAAGGGAAAGAGUACCGGCAACGAACUAGAGGACGACCCUCCCCUACUCUCUGAGGCGUGGGCGAACUUCGACAGGUUGAUGGGGGCUGCAAGAGGACUUGAGGAGCCACAACAGGAGAUGGGGGUGAAGUUGGUCUACGCAGACUUGCUCACCCUGAGAGGGACGAUGAAGGGGCUGCAAGAGGACUUGAGGGGCCACAACAGGAGAUGGGGGUGAAGUUGGUCUACGCAGACUUUCUCACCCUGAGAGGGACGAUGAAGGAAGGAUUUGCAGCAGCUCGGGCGUCAGAUCAGAGGGUUGGAGAAAGGUUGACCAAGGUGGCACAAAAGGCCUAUGGUCAGAGGGUGGAAUGGGAACAGGAGAUUAGGGAGCUGAAGGCGAACCAGGAGAGGCAAGAGCGCGAAUUGAAUGCGCUGAAGAUGGAGCUAGAGAAGACCUGGGCAGGCAAUGAGACGAUCAGGCAGGUGAACUAGACCCGCAACAAAGUUAACGAGGCUCA